AUGACCUCCAGCCCGCGACCCAAUCCUCCCUCCCGCAGCAGCACGACAAGUCGCGACCAUGUUCCCGCCCACCCCAGCGGUCUACGAAGAACCUUCACGCCGUCCAACCCCGCAAAUGACGCAUCGUCGCCCUUGACCGACGAACACGCUGAUUCGGGAACCGACGCCCCGCAUGCCGGGCCCAGCACGCCACACCGUCCGCCUCUCCCGACGGAGUCGACGGCCUUGCUGAGAGGCGUGCUUGACGUGCGGGAGCACGCGCACGAGGGUCCCUGCGACCAUGGCACAUUCUCGCCGCGCCCGACGAGCCCGACCAGCAUCCGGAGCUCCCAGGAGGACGACGCGGGCUCCGGCUCCGACAGCGAUUCCGAGAGCUCCAGGCCGCUCGUGGAUGGCGUGGCGAGCACCAUGGCGGGGAAGCAAAAGAGCUGGAAGAAGAAAUGGGCGGCACGGAUGAGGAGCAAGAAGAUGAGCACCUCGACUGCCCUCGCUGAACGGCACGGCGUCAAGCACACCACGUUCAUGUAUCUGUCGUAUUACUUGCCGGUCCUGGUCUGGGCGCGCGAGUACAAAUGGUCCUACCUCAAGGGCGAUUUCGUCGCCGCCCUCACCGUUGCCGGCAUGUACGUGCCAAUGGUUCUCUCCCUCGCCGACAACCUCGCACACGUCCCUCCGAUCAACGGCCUGUAUGCCUUUGUGCUGAACCCGUUCAUCUACGCCCUGCUCGGCAGCUGUCCGUCGCUGGUGAUCGGGCCCGAGGCAGCGGGCUCCCUACUCGUCGGCACCGUCGUCAGGUCGAGCGUCGACUUGGGCCAGGGCGGCGACGACGACGCAAUCCUGCAGGCCAGGGUCAGCGGCGUCGUCACCGGCAUCGCGGGCGCAACCAUCUUCAUCGCCGGCCUGACCCGCCUCGGCUUCCUCGACGGCGUCCUCUCCCGGCCGUUCCUCCGCGGCUUCAUCUCCGCUAUUGGGUUUGUGAUUGCAGUCGACCAAUUGGUCCCCGAGCUGGGGCUGGGCAAGCUGCAGGACCAGACUCCCGGUGUCAGCCACGGCAGCAGCGUGGACAAGCUCCGGUUCCUCGUGGCCAAUCUCGAUAAGGUUCACGGCCUGACGUUUGCGCUGUCGGCGACAAGCUUUGUCGUCAUCUUGCUGUUCAGGGAGAUCAAGCGGCACAUGCAGCCCCGGUACCCGUCCGUCGCAUAUGUCCCCGACCGCUUCCUCGUGGUCGUGCUAUCGGCGUGGCUUACUUACUACUUCGGGUGGGAUAAGCAAGGCGUCGCCGUCCUCGGGAAGGUGGAGUCCGCAUCGGGACACUUGUUCACGUUCCGCUGGCCCUUCCGGGCGUCGCAGAUGAAGUAUAUCCGUGACGCUAUGGGGACCUCGUUCCUCAUCGCGCUGCUGGGCUUCUUCGAGUCAUCCGUCGCGGCAAAGAGCCUGGGCGGCGCAUCGAGGUUUCCCGGGAUCCAGCUCAGCGCUAACCGCGAGCUGGUGGCCCUCGGCACCGCGAACCUCGUCGGCUCCUGUUUCAUGGCUUUGCCGGCAUUUGGGGGCUACGGGAGGAGCAAGGUCAACAAGGCGACGGGUGGUGUGAGCCCGAUGAGCUCCAUCUUCUUGAGCAUGUUAACUCUUAUCUGCAUUUUGUUCCUUCUCCCCUAUCUCUAUUAUCUGCCGAAACCCGUCCUCUCGUCCAUGAUCAGCGUUGUCGCCUGGUCUCUCAUCGAGGAAUGCCCCUCGGACAUAUCCUUCUUCCUCCGCAUCCGCGCCUGGCCGGAGCUCGGCCUGAUGACCAUCAUCGUCUUGUCGACGAUAUUCUACUCUCUGUCCCUCGGCAUCGCCAUCGGGGUGGGCAUCUCGCUGCUGCAGGUGAUUCGGCACUCGACGCGGCCGCGGAUCCAGAUCCUGGGGCGCAUCCCAGGGACGCAGCGGUUCGAGAACGCCGAGGCCAACCCGGACCUGCUCGAGUUCUUCGAGGGGUGCCUCAUCGUCAAGAUCCCGGAACCGCUCACGUUCGCUAACACGAGCGAGCUCAAGACCCGCCUGCGCCGCCUCGAGCUGUACGGCACCUCCGAAGCCCACCCGGCGCUGCCGCGCCUGCGCGGCGAGGAGUCGAACAGAAACGUCAUCUUCGACGUGCACGGUGUCACCUCGAUGGAUGGGUCAGGGACGCAGGUGCUGGCCGAAAUCGUUAGGGGUUACAGGCAGCGCGGGGUGCGCGUCUUCUUCAGCCGCGGGCCGAAGCCUGGGAGUAGGGGCGGCGACGGCGACGGCGAUGAUGGGGUCUGGGCCCGGAUGGAGAGGUCGGGUAUCGUGGGACUCGUGGGCGGGGAGAGUCAUUUCGUGGACGACGUUAUGGACGCAUUGAAGAUGACCGAGGUCGAGGAAGGGGCGGAGCUGGGCGUGAGGAGGGACUAG